AUGUAUCAGUAUUGGUAUCGACACCAGUAUCCGCAGUGGUCUAAAAAUGAUUAUCGGCGACGGGCGUGUUACAACUGUCCUAAUAACCUCACGGAUUGUGAGCGGCCACAGUGUAUUCCUGGAGACGGUGUAGUGCGUCCCAUUAUUGUGAUCAACAAGCAGAUGCCAGGACCUCUAAUUCAGGUGUGCCAAGGUGACACCAUUGUGGUCGACGUUAAAAACAACUUAUUCGAAGAUGGCAUUACGAUACACUGGCACGGCAUGACUAUGCAGGGACCCGAAAACUCUCCUGGCACUCCCUACAUGGAUGGUGUCCCAUUCCUCACACAGUGUCCUAUUCCUCCUGACACCUACUUCAGAUAUUCAUUUUAUGUUCCUGAUGCUGGCACCUACUACUACCAUUCACAUGCUGAAUUUCAGCGAGGUGAUGGCCUGUAUGGCGGCAUCAUCGUGCGUCAGCCGCCUGGGGAGGAUCCCAACUAUAACACCUAUGACUUUGAUCUUCCUCAACACACUAUAUUGGUCCAGGACUGGAUGCACAAACCAACAAUUGAAAAAUUUAUUCAUAUGGCUUAUGGGAAUGGAAGUGAGUCUCCAGAGUCAAUGUUAGUAAAUGGUCGAGGCCCUUACCAGAAUAACAAUGACUCAUCAGUCGAAGCUUCAAUUCCUUAUACAAGAUUUAAAGUCAUGUCAGGCAGCCGGUACCGUAUGCGAGUGAUCAGUAAUGCUAUACUCAGCUGUCCAAUCACAGUGGCUGUUGAUCAACACUUACUAACUCUCAUCGCAUCAGAUGGAUGGCCAAUAAUACCUAUUACUGUAAAAUCCUUCGUUAUUUAUACAGGUGAGAAAUGGGAUUUUGUGCUUCAGGCUGAUCACAAGAAAUCUGGAGCAUUCUGGAUGAGCUUCAUGGGAGGACUUGAUUGUGAAAAUUUAAAAGCUCAUCAGUUUGCUCUCUUGGUGUAUGAUGGACAUGAUGAUGUUGAUGAUCUUACAUUACCGAGUAAUAUGCCGCCCAAGCCUGAGUACACUGUAGUUCCACCUCCUGGAUUACAAGUGAAUACUUUCAACCGCGCCUGUUAUGAUGACCUAAUAUGUGUUGCUGACCUGAGGUCACCUUACCCUUUACCAGAGGACAUCAAGAUUAACAAGGCUGACAUCACUCUCUAUCUUGCAUUUAGUAUCAACUUUGUAGAUAAUAAGAACUACUACUCCAUCAAAUAUUAUGAUAUUAAUUCAGCCCGUUGGGAAGUGGUCAAGACAGCUUCUCAAGACCUCGCCUGCAGGGGCGGCUGUGUGGGUGACAGCGGUCUUAUCAGAUAA